AUGGAAGGAGUGUAUUUUUGGCGCGAGUCGGACCCCGAGCUGGGUUGGCUAUCGCAGUGGUACUACUGUCCGUUUCGUGACGACGAGGAGCCCGACAGAAUCUACCCGACUGCAGAACAUUACAUGAUGUAUCAAAAAGCGAUUCUGUUUGGCGACACCGAGGUCGGCGAUGAAAUUCUCGCUGCGGGCCAUCCCCGAAGGGUCAAGGCACUCGGCCGCAAGGUCAAAGGCUUCACCGAGAAGAAAUGGCUGUACAACAGAGAAAAGAUUGUGCACAAGGGGACCAUCCUAAAGUUUACAAACGCCGUGACGGAGGAAGGUUUCCGCAAGGGCACUACAAAGGAUUGCGCUCCGAUAGAGGGCUCGCUCAAGCAGAUGCUGCUGGCGACCGGGACCAAGGAGCUGGUCGAGGCGAGCCCGCGCGAUCGCGUCUGGGGAGUCGGCUAUAGCCCCGAGGAUGCACCAGCCAAGCGAGAGGAAUGGGGCCUGAAUCUGCUGGGCAAGGUGUUGAUGGAGGUGAGGGAGGUACUGCAAGCGCAGCCGUGA